AUGUCCGACCCAUCAUCUAAGCCACCUUCCAUUCCAUCCUGGCAACGCUCAGGGUCUGCGCCUGACCAGGCACCCUUGUCCUCGUCGCCGAGUUCCGAUGCGCCCGCAUCCACUUCUCGUCAAGACCUGGUCGACUCAGCGUCCAGAUUCCUCGAUGACGAAUCAAUCCGUGACGCUCCCACUGAUCGCAAGGUCUCAUUCCUUGAGUCUAAAGGUCUGAACUCAGGCGAGAUUCAACAGCUUCUCGGCGUCUCUCGAAACCCAGAGGCGACCAGCUGCACCGUGACUGCAGCCGAGGAUCAGGAUUCAGAAGCACCGCCAGAUUCAUCCUCCUCCAAACCGUCUGAAGUCAUACCUUCCACUCUUUCUUCUCCUGCCACUUCAUCAUCGUCCUCCAACACCAUGUCUCAGCCGCGCUCGACGGCUACCGCCACCGUCCCCUCCUCCGCACCACGCGAUCAGCCUCCGAUCAUCACCUACCCUGAAUUCCUCUUCGAGCCCGCUAAGCAGCCCCCAUUGGUUACCAUGAGCAACAUUCUUUACACAAUUUACGGCGCCGCGGGUCUCGGCGCUUCCAUAUACGGCGCGAGCGAGUACUUGGUCAAACCGAUGAUUGCAACCCUCACCAGCGCACGACACGAUCUCGCCGUCACAGCGCAAGAGAACUUGACAAAGUUGAACGAGAAGCUCGAAGCAAGUGUUUCUGUGAUUCCCGCCCAGUUGACUGCGCGCAAGUCCGCAUCCAAUGAAGAAGAUGAGUCCAACGAAGACGGGGACUCGGUCACCUCCGAUCCUACGGAACUUUUCCAUCGCGACAUGGGAACUCAAACAACACCAGAUAUUACUCCCUCACCCGUUCUAGGCGCAAAAGAUGAGAAAGGUUCCCUUGAUGCUCCAGUUGAAGCCGUGAAUAAUCACAUAAGUCGCUUGGCCUCGAUUCAAUCCCAGCUCAAAGAGAUCACCGAGUUUGAGAAAGAUGCGAGUAACGUUGACGAUAUGGCACGUUCCACUUUGUCUGAUCUUCACCACUAUCUUGACGGGCUGAUCUAUGCUGCGCCCACAUAUACUUCCUCCACAUCUAAUUAUGGUCUGUACACGGGUAAUGUGAGUUCGGACAGCAGCUCGACUGGUUUCCGUAAGUCAGAGGAUGACGCCAUCGCCAGCUUCAAGGCGGAUAUUCGUGGUGUCAAGGGUGCCCUGCUGAGUGCCAGGAACUUCCCUGCGAGUCGAGGUGGCAGACUUGGUGGCGUCCGGUGA